CCCAGUAUUGGAUAAGGCGGCCUUCGGCUAGCUAAAUCCCCACUCCUGCCAUCCGCUCUUGCCCGGCUUCUCCCCACGCUCCCAUGGCCGCCGUUUACCCCACCACGGCCGCCCUCCCAGCGCGCCACUCCCCUCCUUCCUUCCUCCGGCCGUCGUACCUGUCGUGGUCCGCCUCCAUCACCCAGCACCGCGUCCCCUUCUCACCGCGCCUCGCUCUCUCGCCGCCACCGGCGGCCAAUCGGCGGUCGUUCGUGAUCCGAGCGGCUUGGACGCGGCGGUCGCGCGGCGAGUUGGACAAGAGCCCGAACCGCAAGUCGUGGAAGCAGCGCACGGACAUGUACAUGCGCCCGUUCCUGCUCAACGUCUUCUUCUCCAAGCGCUUCGUCCACGCCAAGGUCAUGCACCGGGGCACCAGCAAGGUCAUCGCCGUCGCCACCACCAACGCCAAGGACCUCAGGACCACGCUGCCGUCCCUCAUAGACGACAACGCCUGCAGGACCAUCGGUCGUCUCAUAGCCGAGAGGUCCAUGGACGCCGAUGUCUUCGCAAUGGCGUACGAGCCCAAGAAGAAUGAGAGGAUCGAGGGGAAGCUCGGGAUUGUCAUCGACACCAUUAAGGAGUAUGGCAUCAUCUUUGCAUAGUGCACAGACACUAUCCUGAUUUGGAGCUUUCCUGCUUGGAUGAAAGUACUUUCAUCCUUGUGGAAUUUUUGUUCAGAAGGAGCUUUUGCUGCUGUGCAGUAUUUUGAAAGGUCACUGUGCUAGUAGUCAGCAUGAACAAAUGUCCCAGUUCCCUAAUCUCCAAAUUCAUGUUAAGGAAUCAUGGCUGGUGAAACCUGCUCCCUGCUAGCUCAUUUGUCUGAACUUUGCAGCCUCAGCACACUGGGCUGCCACCAAUGCUGCUGCAGACGCAGUUUCAGCUGGGAUCUUCUUGUCAUCUCUUCCCUACUACUCCCUCAGUUCCACAAUAUAAGAUUGUUUUUCAAGCUAAUAAUAAUCAUUAGCUUGUCUUUCGA